AUGUCGAGCAGCAGUAACAAUGAUCAACAAAAUUGGGCUGAGGGUAGUGGUAGCGUGUUACUAAGCGGCGUUAAAGAGAAUAACUUUAUUUCAGAGUUGGAGGCAGAUUUCAGUAGGAUCGAGACCGUAUUUGACACUCUACUUGCGCAACCCUUGAGCGAGAUUGCAUCAAGAUUUCCACCAACAGAGCGUGCAAGGCUAUACUUAUUAUAUGCAUACUGUUGCAAUAAACUUACUUCCUUAUAUUUGGAGGCCAAUGGCGAGCCCGAGGCUAAAGAGGUCCUUGAACAGGAAAAACGUGUUCAAGAGAGUUAUAAUAGAGUUGAAAAUACGAUCAAUCCACCACAACCUUCAAUGAUGAUCGACCGUUCUGCUGCUGCGCGUUUCAUUAUGCAUUCCUUACCAAAGGAACCAAAAGAACGUGAGACAAGAGAAGAAGUUCGCGUAACGAGUUCGACUCAUACUCGAUUUGAUGACUAUAGUGAAAGAAGGUUUAGUGGUGGUUCUUCACCUAAUGACAAAAGAGCUAGUGGUUUUUAUAGUAGCGGAUCUUCACCUAGCGAUAGGAGAUCUAGUGGUGGCUUUUAUAAUACCAGUUCCCCAUCUAGUGAUAGAAGAAGCAGUAAUAAUUACAAUAUUGGAUCUCCAUAUAGUGAGAGAGAUUCUUUUCGUAUAAGCACGUCAUCUACGUCAUCUCGUAUAACACAUUAUGAUAGAAGCGAAUCAUAUAUUCGUGAUUACGAUCGAGAUUAUGAUCGGAAUCAUGACCGAGGUUAUUAUGAUCGCGAUUAUAAUCGCGACGACCGUGACCGCGAUCGUGGAGACGAACCCUAUCUUAUUACAGGAAUGAUAAUGAUAUCGUUUGGUUCUUCAUUUCUUAUGACAUUUGGACGCAAUAUACGAAGUGUAGUCUUGUCAAAACCUUCACUUAUAGGUGGAAUAACUAUCGGAAUUAUAAGAAUAUUAAUAUUCUUUGUCGGUAUUAUUGGCUUCUUUGCACCUUUUAAACGCUGCCACAAUUGGUUGAUGGCGCAAUCUAUCUGUAUAGUCAUGACAACAAUUGCUCUUUUGAUUUUGGGUGCUAUGAUUUGGUUUAAAACUCUUAACGAAAGGAAUUUCUUUAAAGAUGUAUGGAUAGGAUGGAUGAACGGCACUAGAGCAAGAUUUCAAGAUCAGUUUAACUGCUGUGGGUGGGAAUAUCCACUGUCCUAUGGGGUUGUAUCAAGAGGAUGCCUAGAUCUCCAACAGGUUAAUACAACUAUGUUUGGGGGUUGUGAUAGUCUGAUAAUAGGAACAGGAGAUAAAAUCUCUCGUGAAGUAUUCACCUUGUUAUUCGGAUUUAUAGCAAUAGAUAUAAUUACAUUCCUUACCAUUAGUGUACUUAUCCAUGCAAGGAAUAUAGUGGAACGAUUUCGUAAGAUUGAAGAGAAAAAUUUAAUGUUGCUUUUAUAA